GGGUAAUCCUCACUUAAUUAUUGAUAUAUGCAAAUUGCCUGUAUUUAGUAUACAUAUGAUAAUUGGCGAUAAAAUAUAAUACAGAAUGCUAAUUAGUCCCCCAUCGGUACUACUGGAGGGGACUAUAGGUUUGCACUCUGUCCGUCCAAGUUUGUCCAGAGCAAAACUUUCUUGCUAUUUCACCUACGUUCACCAAAUUUUCCAUGCUUACCUAUAUUGGGAAGACGAUUCGACAAAGUAUCGCAUACUAAAAUCGGGUCUUGUGCCCCAAUAUUUACGGAGUUAUGGCCCUUUGUUUAUUUUUCAUACUGAAGGUGGGGGACUUUGGAUUGCUCACAAUACUUUGCCUUGUAUUAUAUGAUAUUGAUUUUGAGGGUUUUUUCUGCAGAAGUUAUUGUACAGGAGAUGUGCACCUCCUUAGAAAAGAUGCCCCUCCUGUCAUUUCUGAGGAAGGUUGGCCUGAUGAGGAAGUGUCUAGGUAUACCGGACAUGGCGAACAUCUCCCUCAGGUAUCAGCAAGGGUACCGGUUUGUGAACACCACCGUGGUGGGAGGUAAGGCAAAGGUGAAGGUAAUUAUAAGGUCGAGAGGAUGCUCUGGAGGUGUGUCGGGAGGUAGCACCUGUAGAUCCUGCACAUCACUAGCAGAUGGACUUAAGUCAGUUAAGUUAGCACCAGUGGCAGUGCACCCCAAUACACCCCUGUCAACAUUACGCCCAAGUGUCCUUAUUAAUGAGCUAAAAACAACAAGAGAGGAAAAAAAAAACAUCCAACAAAAGAUCAAAUCCAUGGAUGCUCUGGUCUCAAAGGAGGUAUCGCAGGGAUUGCUGGCUUCUAUUGAGGAAAAUUCGAAGACAGCCCCAAAGAAUGAGUUUAUGGAGCUCUUUUGGAUGGAACAAAGGAAAGCCAUGACCAUGGAUGCAAGAGGGAUGCGGUGGCAUCCUAUGAUGAUCCGCUUUGCGAUAUACCUCCACUAUCAGAGUUCCAGGGGCUAUGACGCACUGAAGGAGGCUGGAGUCCUGCGCCUUCCCAACAAGUCAACACUCCGGGACUACACCAACGUCAUUCAGCCCCAACCAGGAUUUCGGCCCCAAGUGUUUCAGGUAUAGAGGAUCUUACAUGAGUGUCAAUGUAAUAAGGAAUUUAUGAAACAACUUUAAUAAUUUGAUAUAUCACGAGCCUUUAUGACAUGGGUGUAUUACUUGGCAGAACAGGUCAGUUAUGUGAUGAAUUAACUUAUUCUUUCUGAUACUAACUAUACACCUGUAUACUAUGAUUUUAUUAAAGUAAAAAGUAACGGUGUAAUUGUGAUCUCUGGUGCACAGUUGAUAUUGUG